AGGACCAGGCCCCUUCGAGCACAUGCGCACUAGCUGAGCUGCCCGUCGUGCUCUCUCCGCGCUCCUCCCUCCCGCCCUUCGCGGCCUGUCGCGGGAGAGUGAGGAGGUCAGUGUGCGCCGGCGCAGUGCGCAGGGACUUGCCCACGUGAGGCGCUGCUCAGGGGCUGGCGGGAGGCGGAGCUGGGGGCGCUUUGCUGCGGCCGGGAUGCGCUGGACGACAACGAGGGACAGAGCUGCCCUUCGAGAUCAUAAUGCAGCAGAAAAAUGAAAGAACAUAGAAGAAAUUUAAAUUGGAAAAGAAGUCGAUUGCUGUUCCUUUCUAGAAGAUGGACCACUGGAUUUUGGGGGCUCAGGAAAUACUGCUUCCAAAAGAAGCAUUUUUUCCUAGCUAAGAGAAAAAGACAAAGUGCUCAAUCAGUUGUGAGCCUAAACCGGAACAAAGUGUACCGAUCUCUCCAGUGCAGAAGGAAGGCACUCAGACUCCAGAGUGAUUGGGUUCCUGAAGUGCUUCUAAAUGCAAAAAACCAUCAAAAACCAACUGCUGAACACAGCACCUUUUCUACAAAAACGUCCAGAAGGGCAAAAAAGCCCUUUCCCGAUGGCAAAACUGGAAACCCGCGUGCACAGGCAAUAGAGAAGUUGGACAAUGAAUCCCUUCAGGGUGAAGAUCUCUUGAACAGAGUCACUGGAUUACAAGAAGACACUAGUCUUAGCUGCAUGCAUGGCAAUGACAACAGUGCCUUUUGUGGUGGGCUGUGCGAUGCUAUCUUACCUGUAAAGAAGGAAGGUUUCAUACCUAGUGGAGAGGAACGCAAUAAUGAUGAAGGCAAUUCCGUCUUAGUAGUCUUAAACAAUUGUAAAAGAAGGUGUUGCAGAGGGCUAGAGCAGAAUGGAACUUGUGGCCCCUUGACUACUAAAAAGAGGUCCAAAUUUAACCAAUAUACUGUAAAGAAGAUACCUGUAUUUAUGAUGCAUAAGAAACUUUCUAUGAUUAGGUUUCGGGAUAGAAUCAUAAAAUUCCCAAAACUUAGAGCAAGAGGCAAAACCUGCAAAUCAAGUAAAAUCAAGCCAACCUGGGUGGAGAAAGUUACCAGGGACUGUCAAGAGAAUCUUCAAGGAGAUUUUGAAGGUGGAUUUUGUAACUGGUUUUCCUGCUGGAAAUCUAAAAAUAACUCCUUUUGGAACCUGUACAGCUCAUCAGAUAUGAACAAUAAUACACCAGGACCUGUAGCUGAGGAGAAUAAAACACCUGCAUCUGACAUCUGCCUUACACAGGAUGCAUUACAAUGUGAUGAGCUACAUACCGAGGAACCUGCAUCCAGAGAUGGCAGUGUUAAAAUCUGCCAACCAGAGCUGCACAAAACAGCUCCUUUGGGUACAGAGACCUUGCAUGGGACGGAAACAAAUGAGGCUCCUGCAGUGGACAGUUGCCAUGAGGAUCUUUUCCUCUCAGUAACAGAGAGAGAAAUUGCAAUUUCAGGUCAAGAAGAUGCAGAAUCUAAUCAGGUUAUGUGUGUUGAUGAAAUGAUAUUGUUAGAAUCCUGCAAGGGGGAUUCACAUAUGAACAAUAACGUUGCAAAUGGACCUUUUUCGGUGGAGCUGGCACAAAAUGAAGACAGCUCUUCCCAGAUGGAAGUUGAAGGCUCCAUUAAUCUGGACAUUUUUAGUGCAAAGUUACUAGAUCACCCUUACUGUAAAAGCCCCCUAGAGGAGCCUUUGCCAGAAAGCACAGGACUAAAAUCAGGAACUCGAAAGGGAGGCAGAAGGAACAGUCAGAAAGUUUCUCGUGUGGCUGAUGAGCAGUUAUCAACAUGGAUUUGUGGAUUCCUAGAUGAAGUGAUGAAGAAAUAUGGCAGUUUAGUUCCACUCUGUGAAAAAGAUGUCAUGGCAAGAUUAAAGGAAGUCUUUAAUGAAGAUUUCUCCCAUAGAAAGCCUUUUAUCAGCAGGGAAAUCCUGAAGUAUCGGACAAGGCAUCCAAAAUCUUCCACUUGCAAUUUCCGGGUCUUCUAUAACAAGCACAUGCUAGAUAUGGAUGAUCUGGCUACACUGGAUGGUCAGAACUGGCUUAAUGACCAGAUUAUUAAUAUGUAUGGUGAACUCAUAAUGGAUGCAGUCCCUGACAAGGUUCAUUUUUUUAACAGCUUUUUUCAUAGACAGCUGGUAACCAAAGGAUAUAAUGGUGUAAAACGAUGGACUAAAAAGGUGGACUUGUUCAAAAAGACUCUCUUGUUAAUUCCAAUUCACCUGGAAGUCCACUGGUCCCUCAUUACUGUGAACAUCCCUAACCGAAUUAUUUCAUUUUACGAUUCCCAAGGCAUUCAUUUUAAAUUUUGUGUAGAGAACAUACGAAAGUAUUUACUGACUGAAGCAAGAGAGAAGAAUCAUCCUGAGUUUCUUCAGGGAUGGCAAACUGCUGUUACAAAGUGCAUUCCACAACAGAAAAAUGACAGUGACUGUGGGGUGUUUGUGCUCCAGUACUGCAAGUGCCUCGCCUUAGACCACCCUUUUCAGUUCUCCCAGGAAGAUAUGCCACGUGUAAGAAAAAGGAUUUACAAGGAGCUGUGUGAGCGCCAGCUAAUAGAUUAACAAUAAAAAAAACAAAAAGAAGAAAAGUUGAACUGUUUCUCUGGCAUUUGUGAAGAGUUCCAGCUGGUGUUUGUGUACUUGAAUUUCUGAAAACUUCCGUGAAUUUCAACUGACUCGCAGCUGAGUGGUGUGGCCACUGUUACCUCAACUUUUUCUGCUCUUUCCCUGGCAGGACUUAACAGAGCUGCCCCAAAAUAUUCCUAAUGUCAGUUUGGUUUCCUCUUUUAUUUUCUUUCCUGUAUUUAAUAUUUAUUAUCUACGCAUGCACAUAGGCAAAGCAUGCGACUAAAAAAAAAAAGUAUCGAAUUGUAGAUUUGGUGCACCUUUGAAAUGUAGCUAGAAAUGACAGAAUACAGGUUAAAAAUUUGUCUGAAAACAUAAAGAUGCAUGAUCCGUUUUCUGACGCAAUAAUGCUUUGAAUGUAUCAAAACCUUUUCAAUGCCAUAAAAAGAGCAGCUAAACCUUUUAUUUGAAAACUCAAAUUAUUCCAUUUUUCUCAUUGGCUGUGUAGUACUGAAUCCCCACUUUUUGUGGGGGUGGGGAGAGGGGUGGAUAAAUCCGCCUAUAGAUUUUAUUUGUGGAGACCCCCUUUGAAUAGAGUUGAAGUCACUAAUAAAAAAAAAAUUGUUCUCUGUUAACGUUUAGCUAGCUGUCGUUAUCCCCCCUGUUCCCUGUGGUUGGAAAGCAGCCUUUGCACAAAUGAGACUUCGGCACUUGACUGUAUAAUAAAACAUGGAGAUAUUCAGCUUUUCAGAUUGACAGUAUGUUCAUAUGUGCUUUGGGAGCCCUGAUGAUUGUGCAUGUGUCUUGGAACGUUAGAGGGAGAAUGAUGAAGCCGACCCUGAAGAUGCAAAGCUUCGUUUUAACCUCAGGUUUGGUAACUAGCAACCAUUCAAGUCUUAGCCUAUUUAUAGAAUUUACCUAAGGUGAAGUGGUACGUUUCAGGCAUCUUCCUUCUGGGUCUCUCUUCUGAAACUGGAUUCCCUUCUAGCUGUUCUGUCCCUCCCAUUUCUCUUCUCCCUCCCUCCACCCCAUUCUAUAACUUUAAUUCAGUUAAAAAAUAUCUUUCCGCUCCUCUCCAUGGUACUUGACUAUCUUAAACUCUCGUCAUCCCCUUUUUGUUUAUGAAUUGUAGUGUGGUAGCACCUAGGAGCUCUCAUCAUGGCCCAGGGUUCCGUUGUGCUAGGCGCUGUACUUACAGAACAAAAAGACACAGUCCCUGACCCAAAAAGCGUACAAUCUAAGUCAGUGGUGGGCAACCUGCGGCAGGCCGCCAGACCAUUUUACAUUUGCACGGCCGCCCGCAGCUCCCAAUGGCUGCGAUUUGCUGUUCCCGGCCACUGGAAGCGGCGGGCCGCAGGUUGCCCCCCACUGAUCUAAGUAAGAUAUACUACAGAUUUGAUCCUGCCUCAUGUGCUGUAGGAAUGUUGCCUAGCUAAGUGCAAGACAGAAGGCAGGGGAAUCUGAUGCUGGAUUGGUGACAUCACCACACCAACUCCUAGUAGAGGUUUGAGACUGAAUAGGAGAGAACAUGUAACUAAAGGCCUAUGCAUGGCAUCUCCUCGCCCACUUUCUGGCCAUGCUCUGCUGCUCCCCUUUCUUUACACAGUCAUUUUUUCAAGUAAGGGAGUAGGCCCAGAGGGGCUGCUCUGUGCAGAGGAUUAUGCUGAGCGCUUAGUCGUAUUUUGUGCUCAUGCAUAGUGUAACAGCCUUGUGCUCUCAACCGUACACCACACAAGGGCUUGCAGCAUCAAGCCUUGGCUCCCAAUUCAGCAAGGUUCUUAAGCUUAUGUUUAAAGUUAGACGCUUGCUCAAAUACUUCGUUGAAUUGGGCACUUGGUUCCAGGCCUAAGUAGUUGUAAGCUCAAGAUAUAAACUUUGUGCAUCUUUGUUUAGAAAAAUCCAUGGACUUAUUUAAGCAUUCCCCUAUACUAUUGUGAAUACAACCCCAGCACACCUGUCAUAGUGUCUGGGACCAAAAAUUGCAUACGUUGGCCUUUAAACAAAAAUGCAACUUAGUCUAGUUUCGCUAUCCAAGGUGAGUGAAAUGCAAAGAAUAAAUCGCAUAAAUGGUG